AUGGGCGAGAUUGAUUUGAACGAUUUGGAGCAGUUCUGCCUUCUAGGAGAGGAGGGCUUGGAGCCUGAGUGUGCUAUUGGGCGCUUGAACCUGGCCCUGGAGGGUAAACCUGAAAGUAUUGCUAUCAUCCUGAUUUGCCUUGCUGGUGACAGAGUUUUGGCUGGGAUCCCACACAAAGCUUGGCACCGAAGAGCUGCCAACCGUUUGCUUCCAGCUGGCACCCUUGAGAAGCCGCUGAGCCUUGAAGUGGCUGCGUGCUCCCUUGAAAGCCGUCACGAGGCAUUGCCGGGUGGUAAGUGCAAGAUUUGGGUUGGUUUCCUUGCCAAGUCUUGGUUUUCAAGCCUGGACUUUGAUUCGGACGAAGCUGCAAUUCUUCAGUUUGUUUUAUUAGAUUCCGAGGAAGUAUGCGCGCCUUUUGGGGAAGCACUGCAGGCGAUUGCCGGGGACAAGUUCAACGUUGCUUUUGUUGGAAAUUCAGAUCCAGAACCAGCAGCCCGUUUGAAUGCCUUGGAGUCGCAAGUAGCUCAUAUCCGUUCCGGUCUGGAUGCUUUGUUAGCAGCUCAGGGUGUAAGGCCAACAGUUUUGGGAGAAGAGUCUGGAUUUCAAACAGCGGAAGAGGUGGAGGUUCAGAGGCCAAGCCGCCUUGCUACGCCGCCUGGGUUGGGCGCCUUGCCAAAAGCACCUCCAAGGGCCAAAGACAGCGGAACUGCCUUACCUGGCUUGGAUCCAGGUACAGUCGCUGCCGCCCUGCAAUCAGGAGUUCCUAUGAGCCACCUCCAAGCCAUGAGUACUUUGGUGCAGGGGAAGCCAGGCAGGAUGGGAGAUGUGCCCAGGCGCAGCCCACCUGUGCCAGAAAAAGCUAUCGAUCCCUUGGACGACGACGCCGUGGCUGUAGAGGACAUCGACGGCGAGCCGCUGGACCCUGCAAUGGACCCUGUGGCCAAGGCCUUAGUUCAAUUAACCCACAUUGUCAGCUCUAUGAACAAGCAAAAAGGGAAGAAGGAGACCCUGGAAGAGUCGCUCGAUGCACUGGGAGGCCAGAGUUCUGGCUCAGCAGAUCAACCAACUGUGACUGGCAAGAAGCAUGUGAAGGCCAUCGAAGCCUUGAAACAGGCCUUGCGGAAAGAACCACAAGUCAUUUACAACAGCAUAGAAAAGUUGAUGGCCGAAGACUAUGGACUCAUGGGCCACUUGCCCAACGCCUCCUUGCCAAACAUGACAGCAAGGGGGUGGGCGGAGCAUCGGCCGCGAAUCCAGGGAUUCCCCCGAACGGUGAGAUGGGUCUGGGGCGUCUGCGGUAUAUUGGAUUGCCUCCGCAACUCAAACCCGGAGGAAGCCCGGGCCAGAGCAUGCUUGAUGCUCGCCCAAGCAGAGCAAGAGUCGAUCGACAAAGGCAACUUUCUACUUGCACAAGAAAUGUCCCUGGAACCACCACCUCCAUAUGCUUCGUUCACUGCGCAUGUGAUUCCAGAUCCCAUGGAAGUUCAAUUCACCCGGAUCAUGGAUGGCAGGUGGAUAGAUGCCUUUACUGCAAAGCUUCGCGAUGCGGACGAGUACAUCGAGCGCAGGCGGAAGCUUGGGCAACGGGGGGUUCAUGCAAAAGAACAUGGAAACCUCGAAAGCCCCUUGGCCAAAGCCAAGGUCGGGGUCAUUGUCUGGCCACCGACGCUUGCGGUCGGGGACAUCUUGAAGGCUGCCCAUCCAGCAGCCUUCAGGCUGAUUGUGCCUCUUCUACUAGUUUCCAGUGCGACAGAUGGUGGUCUGUACAGUCGACGCUGUGCUGAGAGCCAUUUCAAUGUUCCUGGUUCCGGCGCUUCCACAUUGCGGGCCAACUCCAUUUGGGAGACGGCCGCUAAGCAGGAAAGCUUUGAAGACACACUUGCGAAGCUUAGCAGCUUUGCUGAAAAGAGUUUGCAGAAUCAUGGCCAAUACAAAAAGAAUCAGUUGAUGGAGAAAUUGGAUUGGUGCGAGCGAACAUUUGUCGCAGCUUGUCGUUAUGCUGGAUUGCUGAUCGCGUGGAUGAUGAGUCUCCUGGAUUCAGUCUAUCGUGUCCAAGCUGGUAGGUCCCAAAAAGAUAUCAUCAAACUGCCACAGUGUUUAGUCGAUGAGUUGUACAUUGCUUCGGCUCUUCUGCCACUGGCCGUGACAGACAUUAGAGCGAGUUUCUGCGAAGCGCUGUAUGCUGUUGAUGCUUCAGACUGGGGGGAGGCGGUUGUCAAGGCCGAUCUCAGAUCCAAACUUGAGCGCAUGUUGAGAGGUUCUUUUUGGGCAUGCCCGCAACUCUUGGGUCAUGCCAUUGCGCAAUACGGAUAUCACCUCUAUGAUAAACUUGCACAGUGUGAUUUUGAUAGCCUUGCUUGUGUAUUGACGCCUUAUUUUGCUUUGCCGCCUUACGGAACGACAAACUUGCUUUGGCUCCUCCUGACCAAGUAUUUCGUUGACGGCAGUGCAUGUGCGUUAGCGCCUUCAUUUGCUUUGGCCAUCAUGUGGGACAUCACAGUGAAGCAAGCAGCGUGCGCUUUUGAACCGUGGCUGGCGCAACAUCGUUCGUGUAAUGGUGACCAAGUUUGUAGCAACUGCUGGAAGUGCCCCAUUCCCCGGGCAAGCAUCAGCAAAGCGGUACAGCGGGUAGCUGCAACGCAGGCAAAAGUCGCGAGGACGGCAGCGGAAGAAAAAAAAGUACGUGCCAUCGCCGGUGUCUGGGACGCCAUCGCGGAACGAAAACGCAACAGAGAACAGAAUAGCUCCCAAAUGAAGGACGCAGAGCCGAAGGCAAAACAUCCCAAACAAGAGAACCGAACAGAAAUGAGCACAGACGGGCCUGAAGAUGGACGUGGCCAACGGGAAGACAGCGACGAAAGGCAGAGGGCGGUGCGGGCGACGACUGAUGUCUGGGCUGCCAGCGUGGAACGAAAACGGAAAACAAAGGACACCGCCCAAAUGCAGGAAGCCCAGCCGCAAGCAAAGCAACGUAGAGAAGACGGCGGAACGGAAAGAAGCACAGACAGGCAGGCAGAAAUGAGCUGCAAGCAGCAGAGCAAGGGCAGCGCGACGGAGAUGGUGACGUUGCUGGCAGAUGGAGCACAAGCAGGGGGGAAAGGCUUCGGUUCCCUCUGUGUCGGGGAUUCUCGCCUGGCCACGGAGAAAGUGAUCCGCGCCCUGAUGCGAGCGAAAGGAGACCUUCGUUGUGUCAUGGCCGGUGGAUGGGCCGGGUUAAGCCCAGCAUCUUUGGACGAAACCAUGGAGGACUUUGUGAAGCUCACAUUCGUGGAGCAAAACGUCUUCCAGCUGUCCGCGGUGCCCCACGACUGGCUGCUGCCCUUCUGCUGCGGCGCCGUGCACCACGGCGGCGCCGGCACCGUGGCGGCGGUGUGUCGCGCCGGGAUCCCGCAGGCGGUGCUUCCUGUGGCGUGGGAUCAGCCGUGGUGGGCAGAGCAUUUGGAGCAGAUGGGACUGGGUGCUGCGGCAGAUUUCAUGGUUGAUGAGGACUCACUCUGUGCCGCCUUCGAGCGAUUGGCCUUCGACCCCCAGCUGGCCACGGCUGCAGCAGCACUGGGCACGCAGAUUGAAGGGGAGAGGAACCAAGGGCAGCUGCAAUUGGCCGACUUCGUAGAGCAAUGUCUGGACAUGCCUCACCCCUGGGCGACCGCGACGUGUCCGGCCACAACGCCCCAGCCGCCUCUGUGGUGUCGUAGUGUGGAGGAUUUGGAGGCGCGGUCGCCCAGGGGUUGUUGGGAGAUCUGCAGAAUAUGUUGCCCUCCAGUAAAUUAA